CUUGCGAUAACGAUCGCGGUCGUAGGGUACAAGGAUGUUGAAGUGAUCCUAUGUCUGUACAGUAAUUAUACCUAUAUUAUCGUUAUCUAUAGUAACUCGGGAUGGCGUGAACUGACCUGUGGAUGCUAUCAAAGUAAGCAGUACCACGUGCGUAAUCAUGGAGAACAUGAGCGCAGCAACGAUGGAUGCCGAACUUCUCCGACUGAACGACGCCAAAGCGGAACUGAUGACACCGGUUGUGGCGUUCCUAAGCGUGCUCAUGUCAUGUGGCGUGCUUGGUAACGUGAUGGUCUGCUGCUUUUACGGCAGCAGGGCGCGACGUUCGAGUCACGGGACGUUCAUCUCAACGGUGGCUAUGUACGACCUGAUCAUAUGCGGGCUGUCUAUACCGAUGGAAAUCGUCGACCUUCGCCUGUUCUACACUUUCACGAACGUAGCUGCGUGCAAAGCCGGCCGGUUCAUUAAUCAUUUUGGAGCCAUAGGGAGUGUGCACGUGCUCUUGGUGAUUGCAGUAGACCGCUACAGGCGAAUAUGCAAACCUGUCAAGAAACAGUUGAGUUUAAAGCAAGCGAAAAUCGCAUGCGCGUGUUCGUUGUUGGUUUCGGUGUUCUUCUCUUGGCCAUCCAUUCUCUUUUACACGCCAGUAGCGGUUGAUGUUAAAAAUGAUUUCGGGUUGAACAUAACUGGGCACGACUGCACGACGACGCGCGAUACUUCAUUCAACAUGUACAUUUCAGUGUUUAACUACGUAUACAUGACUUGUUUCAUAUCGUACACAUUUGUUCUAUGCGUAAUGUACACGUUGGUUGGACGCGUAAUUGUCAAACAUAACAAAACCAGAAAAUCACUUAUUAAGAAGCAAGAAUCGUCGACCAGCAAGCUGACCAGCCUUGAGACGUCUCUGUCUAAUGGCGACCAGAACAUUUCUAGUUCGAUUCCUGGAAAAUACAGGAAAAUAGACGCGGACCGAUUGAAGAACACACAGACACGUCCCCGCACAAGGACGAUAUCUACUACAACCGAUAGAAGAAAGAGUACACUAUCAGAAACACAGGAGAUAAAGAACCUCAAUUUUUCUGUCAUCAUGCUGACAAUAACGGGAUUAUUUGUGUUGAGUUUUCUCCCGUUCCUAGUUCUCUCAAUUUGGAGGGCGGUAAAUGGCGAAUACGAACCGGAUGUUCUCUCAGAUGCUAAACUUGUUGCAUUUCAAUUUGGUUUGCGAUCGUAUUUUUUAAACUCUGCUCUGAACCCAUUCGUUUAUGGUGUGCUGAACUCGAAGUUUCGGUCUUUUGUGUAUCGUUGUUUUUGUGGCUGCUCAAGCAAAAUCGAUAAUCUUCAUGCGCCAUCUACAUCCGAUGCUAGCUAGAGUUGGUGUAACAAUGCCACCUAACACAUGUCAUUAAAAUACUCACAGUAAUGUUAAACAAAAAUCUCUGUUUUGGGUGAAAUUUUCAAAGUGUAAAUUUUCCCCAAUACCGAAACGCCUUCUUAAAUAAGGAUACACGUGAUUUAAUGUUUGUACAUACAUGCCAUGGGCUGUGUAAAAACACGGCGUUUAACUAUAAAUUGGUGAAACCAAAUGACAGGAGUGAAUUAAAACAUGAAUGUUGCUUUAUUGUUUCCAAAACAAUGUUCGUGGCACAGAUUAUCGUAGAAUCAACUGUAUGACUUGUGUUAAGUAUAUUAAAUAAUGACUUGUGUUAAGUAUAUUAAAUAACUCCAUAAUGUCAGAAUGCAUGUGCAUGGUCUGAACCCACUGACACUAUUUUCUUUACAGGUUGGUUCGUAUCACUAUCGUAUUAUCGACUAGACCGCUAAAGAGGCUCAAUUGGUCAUUGGAAGCUCAGGUACUUCUGAAAAUAAUCACGGGUACUCUUUAAGUAUUCUACAAAGUACACCAGAAGAUGGCCGGAUACUCAAUAUAUUUUGCGUUUCCGGUGUAUAUUGUAGUAUGCCUUACGGUACCCGGGGUAAUUUUAAGUAGUAACUGAGCCGACAACGACCAGUUGAGCGAUGGUGAGACCUUUGGUUUCCUAUGUAUUGCUUACAUAUGUAAUAAAAGCGUUUAAAUAAA